AUGACGGUUAUCCCUGUCCUUCACACGCUUCUGUAUGAGCGCGUGCUCUACCGAUUGCUGAGUGGGUGGCACGCUUCUACAUCCCUCUCCAUUGCGAAAAACUAUUAUGCACCAGGAACCAAACAAAAAGGCGCUUGGUCUCCGAACUUAGAACGCUUCAUGAAAGACAUUGGGGAGCACCCAGAGCGAGUAAAGAAUCUCCACUUCUCCUUCGUGGUCCUUCUCCGCGCCGUGAAGAGGGCUGCGCCGUACCUGCAAAGCUAUUCAUUCAACACUGGCGAUGAGAAGGAAGACGGCAUGACCAAGUUGCUGAUGUCGCGGCUCCUGGACUCACAGCUGCUGUCGCUGUGUUCUCCACUCUUUGAGGCCUUUGACGAGACGAGAUUGUUCAAUGCUCCCUCCGAGCAGCGAAGUUUGCUGAAAAGGCAAUUCAAGAGUGUCUUCCGAAAUAUCACUGAGCUUGUGGACUGCGUCCAAUGCCAGCGCUGCCGCCUUCAUGCCAAGCUUUUCUCUCUGGGGCUGGGCACUGAUGCUUGGAUAGUUUUAUUGCCAAUUCCCGCAAGGAUGCACCGUGCCGAUUAA